GAACACAUUCAUAGAUAACCAUAUAAAGCAAGCGUUAUUCGAUUUCAAGAGACAAUGUGCUCCUUCGGUUACCUUAAAGUUCAUGUUUUAGUUUAUGUUCUGCUCAUUAUUUCCAUCAAAUCCGAUGAACACAUCGAAAGUGGCCCGACCCGUUGGGCGAUUUUAAUCGCUGGAUCGUCCGGUUACGAUAAUUACAGACACCAGGCCGAUGUUUGCCAUGCUUAUCAGAUUCUGAAAAAAGGCGGUCUAAAAGACGAAAACAUCGUUGUGUUUAUGUACGACGACAUCGCUUACGCACCCGAAAAUCCGAGGCCUGGAGUCGUCAUCAAUAAACCAGACGGGAACGAUGUUUAUCAUGGAGUUCCUAAGGAUUAUACAGGCGAUGCCGUGAAUACGAACAACUUGUUCAAUGUUAUACUUGGAAAUAGAAGUGGGGUCACUGGAGGAAGCGGCAAGGUCGUGGACAGUAGCCCGGAUGAUAACAUCUUCAUCUACUAUGCCGAUCAUGGAGCUCCCGGGUUAUUAGGGAUGCCACAGGAAGAAACCCUAGUCGCUAGAGAUUUGAUAGAUGUGUUGGAGAAGAAGCAUAAACUCAAAGGCUAUACAAACAUGGUGAUAUAUGUGGAGGCGUGUGAAUCGGGGAGCGUAUUCGAAGGGCUUCUAAAGGACGAUCUUAAUAUAUACGCGGUGACGGCCGCAAACGCCGAAGAGAGCAGCUGGGGUUACUACUGCCCGAUUUAUUAUCCCUUCCCUCCGACCGAAUACGAUACUUGUCUCGGCGACGUAUUCAGCAUUGCUUGGCUCGAGGACAGUGACUUGCAUGACAUGGGCACCGAGACUUUGAAGGAGCAAUAUGAAGUGGUGAAAAGAAGAACGGGAUUCGAUCAAAUAGAGGAAACGUCUCACGUAAUGCGUUAUGGAACUCAGUCUCUUCAAGAGGAUUAUCUCAUCUCUUACAUCGGAAACAAUCCUUUGAACCAGAACAUCACUACCAACGGGUUUGUCUCUUCUUCUGUGUCCCCGACAAGAUCCGUCAAUCAACGCGAUAUCCGUCUCUUGUAUCUUCGACGAAAGAUGCAUAAAGCUCCCAAAGGAUCUUGGCAAAGAGAAGAAGCAAAGAGGAAAUUGUUGGAGGAAAUUAAUCAAAGAAAACAAAUCGACCGAAGCAUUACAAAGAUUCUGCAAACUACGCUUCGGGAAACUAAUGUCUCGAACGUUCUAAUGUCCACUCGAAGAACAGGACAACCUCUUGUCGAUGAUUGGGACUGCUUCAAGACUUUGGUUAACAGUUUCAAGAAAUAUUGCGGCGCAUCGGUGAACUACGGGCUGAAGUAUGCGGGAGCGCUUGCGAACGUUUGCAAUAUGCGAACGAACGCAGACAGAACGGUUUCGGCGAUUAAACGAGUUUGCCACGAUGAGACUGUUCGUUCUUCGAAUUGAUUAUGUGGACUGAUACAGACAAUAUAUAUACACACAUAAAUGAUUGAAUAAAGUAUGGUCGAGGCUUAUACCCUUUGAUUGAGUUUGCCCAUAUGAAAUGAGGAUAUACUUAGAUUAAUAAAACCGUAUAUAAAAAAAUAUAUGAAGAAUAUUGAGCAUUUUUAUCUUUUUA